AUGCCUCUGACAGCGGCUGGCAUGAGGACUCUGAUGCGUCAGAUGCAGGAGGUGCAAGAGCAUCCUAUCGACGGUGUACAAGUGCGCCCGUCGGAUUCAAUAAGCGAAUACCAUGUCGACCUUGACGGCCCGGAGGGGACGCCGUUUGCUGCUGGUCGCUUUCAUGUUGUUCUCGUGUUUGACGAGCAGUAUCCAGAAGUGCCGCCGAAGGGCUUCUUCCGCACCAAGAUCUUCCACCCCAACAUCUCCGAGCGUGGCGACAUCUGCGUGAAUGCACUAAAGCGUGACUGGAGCUCGACACUUGGGCUGCGCCACAUCCUUGCCGUCAUCCGCUGCCUGCUGAUUGAGCCGAAUCCGGAGAGCGCAUUAAAUGAGGAGGCUGGCAGGCUGAUCUUGGAGGAGUACGCGACAUACGAGCGCAAGGCUGCCAUGUACACAGCCAUAAACGCCGCGCGUCCGAAUGGUGUGCCACGGUUCACGCUUUCAGAGGCCGAGACAGAGAAGGCGUCCAGGUCAGCCACGGCUGAUAUAUCGACGGGCGUCGAUGCGAACAGCGGCGCCACUCUCACUACUGCUGGUGCUUCGUUAUCGCUUACGACAGGCGACAGCGUGCCGUCGGCUUCCGCGCGCAAGUUGGCUCCCUCGGAGGCGAAUUGCCACCGAGGGCCCAACGCAGCGACCGACAAGGUGGAGAAGUCGAAAAAGAAGGCGUUACGCCGUAUUUGA